AGGCUUUCGCUCGGUGGCUUCCGGCUGGAUUUGGUCUGGGGCCAGCACUAGGAGUCUCUGACCGGCUUUGCACGUGGUCGCGGCGUGGGCUCCUGCGACCCUGCCGUCCACUGGCAUGUUCGAGGAGCCCGAAUGGGUCGAGGCGGCCCCAGCAGCCGUGGGUCUCCGGCCGGCAACAACACAGACUCGGCCGGCGACUGCCCCGCCAGUCAAGGGCCGCAAGCGCCGCCAUCUCUUGGCCACAUUACGGACUCUGGAAGCAGCAUCUCUUUCCCAGAAAUCCCCCAGCCCACCUGGCAGUGAUUCUGAGGAGGAGGAGGAGGAGGUAGGAAGGAAGAAAAAAUACCUCCAAAGGCCCUCACUGGCCAACGCCUCGAAGGAAGUAGGGGAGAAAAGAAAAAGAAAAUGUCAAAAACAGGUGUCAUCUAUCAGUGACACUGAGGGCAAGUGCCACACACAAACUCUCCUUGGUGGGAUCUCUGCUAAAGAAGAAAAAGGAAAGAAGAAAUGUCAGAAAUAUUCUCAUUCACACCCAACCCAGCACCUGAACAAUGUUGACCACACAGCAGUUCACACGUCGAGGACAAGUACGGCUCCAGUUAACCCACCCAAGCGAGGCCCCGAGUCCACACCCUGUGACUCCUCACAUACGCUGAGCCGCAAACAGUGGCGGAACCGACAGAAGAAUAAGCGGAGACACAAGAACAAGUUUCGACCACUUCAGACACCAGACCAGGUUCCUCCAGACCAGGUUCCUCCCGUGGCUUCCACAGAGGAGACUGAGGUGCCUCCUGCCCCAGAGUUGGACAGUCAGCAGACUAGAGCCGGAGCCCUUCGGGCACGCAUGACGCAACGGCUGGAUGGGGCCCGAUUUCGAUACCUUAAUGAACAGUUGUACUCAGGGCCCAGCAGUGCUGCCCAGCGCCUCUUCCAGGAAGACCCCGAGGCUUUUCUCCUCUAUCACCGGGGCUUUCAGAAACAAAUGAAAAAGUGGCCACUGCACCCAGUGGAUCGUAUUGCCAAAGAUCUCCGACAGAAGCCUGCAUCCUUGGUGGUAGCUGACUUUGGCUGUGGAGAUUGCCGCUUAGCUUCAAGUGUCCGGAACCCUGUGCACUGUUUUGACUUGGCCUCUCUGGACCCCAGGGUCACCGUAUGUGACAUGGCCCAGGUGCCUCUGGAGGAUGAAUCUGUGGAUGUAGCUGUGUUUUGCCUUUCACUGAUGGGAACUAACAUCAGGGACUUCCUUGAGGAAGCAAAUCGAGUGCUGAAGCUGGGGGGUCUGCUCAAAGUAGCUGAAGUCAGUAGCCGCUUUGAGGACAUUCGGACCUUUUUGGGGGCUGUGACCAAACUUGGCUUUAAGGUCAUCUACAAGGACCUGACCAACAGCCACUUCUUCUUGUUUGACUUUGAAAAGACUGGGCCUCCUCGAGUAGGACCCAAAGCCCAGCUGUCAGGCUUGAAACUUCAGCCCUGUCUCUACAAGCGCAGGUGACCAAAGGACACCUGUUAAAGGGGGGGGGGCUCAGACUCCAAGCUCAGAACUCUGAAGACUGUACCUACCCAAGCUAUGAGCCAGGACCUGGCGCCGUCCUCCUGUAUCAAGAACACUGGUAAAGCCUUCUGCUCAACUCUACUCUAAUGGAGCCUUCUUGGCUACGCAAAGCAUGCUCAAGAAGGAGGAGUUUAUUGUGAGGGCAUUGGUGUAUCUGGGAAUUGUGGGUCACUUCAGAUGUCAUGUAAACUAGUUGGCUUGGAAUCGAUGGAUCUCUGUUUGGUUUUCUUCAUCUUUCAGAAGGCACAAGGACACUCCACUGUGCCGUCUUCUGACUGUAUGGUCUAGCCUCUGCUCAUCCAUAGUUUCUGCUCCUUCAGCUUCAAGACUACAGACACACAGCUUUUGCCUCAUGGCAGGUCCCAAUGCUAGUUUGCCAGUUGGGGCUGGCAGUUAUUUCUUUCUUUCUUGGAGCUGAGAAUCAUUUAAUGUCUUUCUGUUGUUGUUGCUUUGAGAGGGCAUCUCACACAGGUCCAGGCUACCUUAAAUGGCAAUUCUCCUGAUUAUGGGGGUUCCAGGCGUGAGCCACUGUACCCAGGUUAAUCUCUUCAUCUCUGAGUAUUUCAUUUCUCAUUUGAAAAAUGUAAAAUUCUUGUGGUACAGCAUGCUGUAUGGGUUAACUGAGGAAAGCUGCAGCAAGAGCUGGGGACAUAAGAGGCGCUAAAUAAAUCAGCUAUGGCUGUUG